AUGCAAUCCUCCGCUCCAUUCGCCGACGUCGAGAAACGUGGGUCAAAUAGCUCGCAAGGCUCUGGAGAUGCUGUCAUCGACAUCGACAUCGAUAUCGGCAGUCGUGCAGUCACGCUAGUGAAUAAGGACAUACCCCGCCCAAAACUAUCUCGUGCUCAGAUAGAUAAAGAGAUUAACACAACUAAGACCAUACCUUUGCAGGAUUAUUCGACAGGCUACCCCCUACAAGCAGCCUUCCAGUCGAGUGAGUCAAGCUGGUCCAUUUACCGUGGCUUCAGCUAUCUUCACGCUCGUGUCAUACUUGACUUGCAAGACGAGUUACGCUGUCUGGAAGAAGACCUUGAAGAGAUAGAUCUCGAGAACGAGGGGGAGAACCGGCUGCGCUCCCGUAAAGAUGACCUCAAGUACGCAAAGGAGAAAGGUGUAGUGAGCCCGCGUGCAUGCAUACUGGACAACAUAAGGAGCAAGCUCAUUAGCUACGAUGAAGUACUUCUCAAAGCCAGAGAACUCAACGCUUUCCAACGACCGUCGAAGCGCGAUUAUCGCAGCUUUCGCACAUGGUUUUGGAACAAGAAACCGCUCAGCUACGAACUAGAAGAGCAGUUCAUAAAGCGCAAAGAAGACCUCGUUUCACUCCGACAUGGUCGCGAAUGGUCUGGUUUUGAUGGCUUCAUCGAGUCGUGCAUCCAGAGAGUGCAUUGUCGCAUCGUCCAGAGGAUCUUCGCAACCAAAGAGCUUCGUGAGAAGACCAACGACGAGCAUGUGCACUACUAUUCACAGUCUCGUAUUGAGAAACUCGUCGGUUUAUUUAUUACGCUCAUAAUCUUCAUACUACUUGUACUUCCAGUCGUCGCCAUGUACAAGUUGACCUCUGUAGGAGACCGCAACUCCACCUUUGACGCCGUCGGCCUCUUGGUGGUGUUCACAUUGCUGUUUUCGGCUGCUAUGAGCCUUUUGACCAAAGCCAAACGCCACGAACUCUUUGCUGCAAGUGCAGCGUACUGCGCAGUGCUGGUAGUGUUCAUCAGCAACUUCAAUAACGAUUCGAGUCGCUGA